AUCGGCGACAGUCAGUGUGCGUGUUGAUCUGCUAGCGUGAGGUUCGUCGCGUUUCUUAUUUCUGUAUUGAAUCCAGUACUCACGAGUUGCAUUAGAAUAGUUUUGCCUAAAGAAUGCUCACCUGUAGUAAAUAGAGUAUGGCAUCAAUAUAGCCAUGAUGUGUUUGUAUCUGAGUAACGAUAGCUAUUAAAAAAGCCCAGUUCACAUGCUAUGCUUAAUUAGCGUAUAUGGUAAUCUUUGUAAUUUAAUACGGUGUGCGGUUAGCCGACAGAUUAAUUAACCAGCAGUAGUGGAGAAAUUUGCAAAUUAUUCCAGCAAACAUUGUGUUUGUAUAUUGGUGAUAGUCACCAAAUAAUCAUAUCAACGACGGUUUCAUCGAAAGUGAUGUCACCCAGAAGCACUGGAAGCUGAACAAAUAAGUCACCGGAACCAGUUUUGAAUUAAAAAAAAAAACACCAUUGAAGGUCAACAGCUUGCAGAAGAAAAUUGAUAACAGCCAGGAGACGACUAACAAUAAUGAAAUCCAAAACCACCAGCGAAGUUGCAAAGCUAUUGGCGUUGGCGUUCACAUUCAUCGGAAUAAGCUCAACCCGAGCGCAAUACCUGCAGUCCCCAUGCCCCGACGUAUUCACAUACCAAGUCGAUUCCAACACCAACCAAAUAUUUGGAUAUGUCGAAAUCAGCAACAUUCAAGUCGGCCAAGUUGCGAAACUAAACAUCGAUCUAUCAAUCGCGACGCAAUUGGCACAGAACAAUGUCGGAUCCAUCACGUUAGUCAAAACCCGCGAAGCGACAUUCACUGACAUCCUUCAUGGUAAUCCGGCGCAGUAUCGGGUUAACUUCCCGCUUCAAAACGUUCUGCCGACGGUGCUCAAUAUUGCUCUUAAUGGACAAACCAUCUGUACGGGCUACCGUGCUCAAGGACGCAUCAUAACCACCAUCAAUCUCGAGCAUACAUUGUACACCGAGCUGAAACCGAAUGGAAUCCGAAACAACAAUGGUUUCCAAAACCAGCCGCCUAUCGACACUAAUCAGCUGUUCUAUCAACAAUCCCAUCCAGUAGUACGUCCAAAGCCUCAACCACAGCCUAGGCCCACAAACCCACCGCAGAUUUCGUAUCAGCCCCAAACGCCUCGCCCCAAUCGCGAACGUACCACUAUAUCACCGCCAGUUUCCUCUGCUAGCUUCACCUGCGGCAAGCCGUCCAGUUCCUCCUUGAACCGUCUCUCCUUCAAUGGUGAACGUGUGGACAAAGGUCAAUUCCCGUGGAUAGUGCCUCUGUUCGAUCGUGAUCAGACUCGUGAACCAACCUACAUAUGCGGCAGUACGGUCAUCUCCAAAAGGCAUUUGAUUACCGCGGCCCACUGCAUCUACGAAUUUGAUGACUUUAUCAAAGCGGAACGGCUGCUCGCCAUACCGGGAAUGUACAACAUUGAUAACUUUGCAGACGAGAAUGCCAAGUUUGCCUACAUCGAAUCGGUCCAUCCACACGGGGAUUACGAUUAUGAAGAUGACCUGAACGAUGCGGAUAUAGUAAUACUAAAUCUGAAGGAGGUGUUGACCUUCUCUGAAUAUAUCAUUCCUAUUUGCUUGUGGAAGGACGCCAAUGAUCUGGAGCGAGUUGUCGAUCAGGAAGGCGUCGUAGCUGGUUGGGGUGUGACAGAAAAUGGAUCAACCUCGAUUCCGACGUACAUUAAAGCGAUAAUCGUAUCCCGGAAAUCGUGUCGAGAUAAUGUUGAAAGGAUGCUUCCACAAAAUACACGGGUGUUCUGCGGUGAUGGUCGAGGCUCAGCCCCUUGCAAUGGUGAUUCGGGUAGCGGGUUCGUUCUGAAACGCGGCAACCAGUACUACCUGCGAGGUAUUGUUUCCAAGGGUCAGCAAGAUCGCACAACCCUGAUAUGUGACGUCAACAAAUUUGCAAUAUACACCGACGUUGCGCCGUUCCGGUUCUGGAUCAGAGAAACCAUGGGCUUGUGAAGAAAGCAAAAGCGAAACACCAACCAUCGAAAAGACUUUUUUUUGUUGAAGUGGCGAGAAUCAGCAACUGAACCAAGAAGUCAACAGAAAUAGGCAUAAUCUGUGUUUUGAUCGGAUUCUGAUGCCAUUUGCUGUGAUUAUUACAAACCAAUCUGAUUAAUUAUAUUUAAAUAGAAAUAAUUACCCUAUGGCGUAAAUGUCAUAUGUUUUCCGUAUCCUACCCUGCUUUUGAACGAGUAAUAAAACCGCUACAGGCAACUACGCUUCCAGUAUUGCAGAUCACCGAUCACAUAUCAAAAUACCAUAGAAUAGAAUUUCUGUACAACAGCCUCCUGUAGGAGGGACGGUCACCCACACCACAGCUUGCAAACACACUGCUUCUACUUCUCCCUGACAUUGACGCUUUUUUUUUCGAGCUUAUGUAU